AACUUUUUUAAAACAUUGGAAAUGCCCCAUGUAGCUGCAGUGUUUGCAAUGCAAAUGUGCAACAGAAAAGGCGCGGAUAUGAGAACUGCUCAAACAACACCGCCCAUCUCUUUUUGAUCGUCUCUAGAGAGAGGGAAGUAAAGUAAGGGUGACAAUUUUCAUGACUAGACUGGGUUUCACGUGUGAACUGUAAUGUACAAGGGACGCAGGUGCUCCUGGCAAAAACUCGACAAUAAACGAAUUUCCCUGGACUUUGGACGAAUACUUGCCAACGCCUAUCCUCAUGAACCAUCGCCUUUUGGAAAUGUUUUGUUUUUACAUAAUAAGUGAGGCCUAAAGAAGUAUAUGAUGUCAAAUUCUUCAGAUGAAGGUGAAAACGCCUACAUAGGCCUGCGUGUUUGGGCAUCUGCAGUUUCUCUCAUUAUUCUGGCUUUUUUUAAUUUAAUUAUCAAUUGGACUAUAGUGCGCGAGGUGCGUCUCCGGAGUCACGCGCGCUUCGUCUUGGUCUUCUACUUGUUGUUCUCGGCACUGGUGUACUUUUCGUUUAAUUUUACUUUCCACUUACAAAUCUACGUGAAGGCAGCAACCACUGCAUCCAUCUGCUUAUUGUUGACACGGACUUUGAUAGCAAGUGGUUCUAAUAUUAUCAUCACCAUUACAGCAAUGGCACUUGACCGCUAUUUUGCCAUAUGCUGCCCGCUUCAGUACAGCAAAAUGUGUUUGAAAUCAUGGCCGUGGCUGAUUGGGAUCCUAACUUGGGGACUUGCGUCAAUUAUUCCUCUUAGCCUUCCUCUCAAGAAGGACAAUACCACAUUAGUCAACACGUGUGGAAGGAAAGCAUUGCAAGGCGGAGAACUGUACAGAAUUGUUUUGAUAUCCAUCUGUACUAUUUUAAUUGUCUGCAGCUACGUGCGGAUCUUAUAUGAAGGGCGACGGUUGGGUGUGCUAAAUCGGCGCAACAGAGCUGCUUGUAGGACUAUUGCUUUACAUGGCACGCAGCUCGCCGUUUAUAUUCUGCCAAGCUUCGUGCUCUAUUUGCUACUCAUUCUUACAAGAAAAAAAUUACUUGCUGUUUCUACAAAAGAGCUUUUUGCAGUUAUAAGUUUUGUCUUCUUCAGUUUGGCGCAAUGCAUUGCGCCGAUAGUCUAUGGACUUCGUAAAGAGGAACUUUUGGAGCACUUAAGUCAUCGCUUUCCCUGCUUGUCUGGACGAUUAAAGAGGAUUUUGGAGUGGACUGUCAACAUCACCCAUCCCAAACGGCGUCUCCAGCAAAGGGAACGGAGAAUGACUUCAGAGACUUUGUUAUCAAGGGAGAUCUCGCAGACAACUGUAUGAUCAUCUGUGGAUUAACAUGCAGACCUGAUGAUUUCUUAAAUUGGAACAAUGAGCUACUGGGACUGAGAGAAGACAUUUAACCAAACUAACAUUUUGAAAAAAAAAUGGUUAUUGUUGCUAUUAAGCAACAUGUUCAUUCAUUCUUUUUGUAUUUAAACUACAGCAGCAUUUUACCAAGCGGACGGCAGCAGACGAGGUCAAUUAUGAUAUAUUUUAAUUAAUUUCUAUUUACAGUACCAAUGGCCUUGUAAUGUGAACAGAGAAAAAUGCUAUUAGAUGGUAUCAAAAUGGGACUUGGCAUGGACCUGUGUGCUUAGCUGGAAUCUUAGCAGGACUUAACAGUAUUAUGCAGUCAUACAUGUAAGCUAAUGACUCAGGUGAACAAAUAUAAAACCUGGACAAUGUGAUGCUUGAGUUUUACAAUAUAUUUAUAAUUUCUUGUUAUUUGUAUUAUUAUAAUUUCCUGAUUAACUAUGACUUCAAUGUGCAGCAUCUAACAACACUUAAAUAUAUACUGUAUCUGAUUUCCACAACAUCCAAAACUAGUCAAG